UCUAGUAGUAAAAAAAAUUGAAUCUUGUAAUUGAUUGGUAGUUAUAUAGUAUGAUUGAGCUAUAAUUGUUAUUUUCCUUUGUGGGUAUUGUUUCUUGAUCAUGGUGGUUAUGAUUUUUUAACGUUUACCUAGGGCAAAAGAUAAGUUUUUUCCCCUAAAUAGCUGCUGUUUACUUUUGUGGGGUUUGCUUCUUGAUGAUGAUGCUGAUGAUUUUUACUUGUUUUUUGAAUGAUUCAUGUGUUUAUUGUGUACAUAGAGUUUUGGUGGUGGGUUUUAUACUUUUUGUUUGAUAAUCGCGGUGUCUGGGUUAGCUUGUGUGUGCCUCGACUAGACUAAUUUCACUGAAUACCCCACCAAGGCUAAAACAUAUGGUAAGAAAGCUCCUUAUAUGUUUUUGCUGGGACUUGAAGGAUUCAUUGACUAGGCUACACCCUUGGGUGUUGGGUUUUAUACUUUUAUAUUUUGUGCUUAAUCUUUUUAAUAGGACGUAUAGAGAUAUCUUCUGUAUGUGAAAUUAUAGGGAUUUAGGUAUGAAGGUAAAGUAGCUUGCUUUCUGUUGUGUUUUUUUGAUGAAUUAUUUCAUGGUUUUGGAAUGCUUUUGUUGGAAAUUUGGUAUGAGUUUUAGUUUGGGUAAUAAGGAAGCUCUUAAAACCCUUUGUUUGACUUUUGCUGACCAAAAGGGCUUUGGAAUCUUUAUAGCUUCUGAUAUUCCAUCCUGUCCAUUUGUAGAGCAAAAAUUCAUCUAAAUACAUGAAAUAGAUGUUACAAAAAAGUUAUACCUAUCCAAGUCUUUUAAGAAGUUCUGAGUUUUGUACGGCGAAGUCAUUAGAAAGGUACUCUAUUAAGGAACCCCUAGGAUGCACUUUUCUGCUAUCAUGAUCUCAUAUAAAAAGUUGCAUCCUUGUCUUCUAUGCAAUUGUCUAAAUAAUCUAUUUUUCUAACGGACUUGUGAAAUGAUGGCUGAAGGAUUCUGACUGUUGGAAACUGGGGAGGGGUAACUGGUGAGCAUAUGAAAAUGACUUCUUUUUGUUAAAGCUCAUACAAGGUUCUAAUAGGGAAGCAUCUUGUUAAAUUCUGCAGUUGAAAGCUAUAUCAUAUUGCAGCACUAUAUUCGUUGAAUCCUUGGGAAGUUGUCAAAGUGUUAUGCGAUGGAUUUGAAAGGUAUAGCAUGGGUUGGAGAUAUAUACCAGAAAUUUGAAGCGAUGUGUUUGGAGAUGGAAGAUGCUAUGUACCAGGAUACCGCUAGAUAUGUUGAGAAUCAAGUGCAGACUGUUGGUGCAAGUGUCAAGAGGUUCUAUUCAGAUGUGGUGCUAGAUCUGCAUCCUCAAUUUAACAUAGAUCCCGUGAAAGUUGCAGCUGCUGACUUGUCUCUUAAUCCUUAUGCGCACACUGAAAUCAGCAAGAAGCUGAAAGCACAACUUAAAGGAGGCCACCCUAGGGUAAUUAAUAAGGAAUUAAUUGAUGAUACUCAAGUGAUUAAGGGGAAAAGCAAAAGUGGAGGAGUUUAUAGACGUCAAAGUGUUGGGAUCAAAGAAAUUGUUAGAGAUAAUCAUCCACCAUCUAAGAAGUCGGACGCUCUCUGUCUCGUAUCAGGGAAUACAAUUAAAUUGUCCUCAGAUUCUAAGGUUAGGGGAGGUUUUGAAGUGGCAUCCGACCACAUGACCAUGACCUCGCCCUUGGCCUCAGUUAAAGGACUUAACUCUACCGAGACAGGAAAGGAGGUUUCCAACCAUAUUAUAAAAACAGAUGUGCCUGCAGCAGGUAUAUCAAUUAAUAUGGCAGCGUCUGACGCGAGCUUAUCAGUUAACUGUGUUGGGCAGAACCAAGCAGAUCUCAGGAACACUUUCUCUGUUUGUGACUUGCAAUCAGACUCUCAUGAUAGGGGUACACGCAAGGAGUUGGCUGGUGAUACUGGACUAAAGAUUAGCAGUAAUGCUGGUGACAAUAAUAUUGCCAGCAAGGAGGUCAAUAAUAUUGCAAAGAUUAGCAGUAAUACCGAUGACAAUAAUAAUGCCGGCGAGGAGAUCAAAGAGUCCUGCAAAGCAAGAUCAGAUAAAUCUUGUUCUCCUCCACCUGAGAAGUAUGACUUGAUCGAGUCCGAUGUGGAAAUUGUUGAGCGCUAUGAUGAAUCAAAGUUAGAGGAAACAUGUGUCCUGGUUGAAGCGGAGAAACUUCAUGUUCCACAAGGAUCAGUCAAACGGAAAUCAUACAAGAAGAAGCUCAGGCAAGUGUUUUCUAUGAAAAAGAAGUCGACCAGAAAAGAGUAUGAGCAGCUUGGAGCAUUACAUGGAGAUCAACAGUCUAACCUAGAGCCUGAAGAAAAGCAGAUGCAGGUUCUCUCCAAAAACACGAACCCGAAAAAAUUGUCAUCAGCUGAUGAUCAUUCUGAAUCUGAGUGGGAACUUCUCUAGAUAUGACGCAUUACAACAACAGAUAUGACGCAUUACAACAACAUAACCAAUGUAAUUCCAGGACUCGUGGAGUCUGAGCCAAGAUAUGAUGCUAUUAAAAUUGUAAUGUUGCUUUUCCCAAUCAAUAGAUGGCUUUGUACAUAAAACUAAAAUUGACAGAAGAAGCACCUGCUGUUUUAUAAUAAGCCAAUUAUUUCUCUUUAAA